AUGCCGACGGCCUAUGCCCCGCUCGGCCGCGAGCGCGGAUCGCGCUCGUCGGCAUCCGUCCCAUCGUCGAUCGCGGGCCUGCUGAUCGCCGCCGGCCUGCUCCUGCUCCUCAACAGUGCGGCGUUUCCAUCAACCGCCGCGGCCGCCGCUGCCGACGACGAUUUUGACCAGCGGCUGCAGGCGCUGGAACGAGUGCUGCACAUCGACUCGGUGGCCGGCGGCGAGGGUGAUGUGGCGGACGCAACCUGCCACGCCCGCGCCAACACCGGCUACGCGGGCGACGGAGCGCUCGUCUGGGGUCUCGGCAAGCCAGGCUUCCACCUGGCUGGCGCGUCCGAGUGCUGCACCGCCUGCCAGGCGCACGCGCGCAUCUGCGGCGGCGCCGGCUCCGAGGGGAAGGAGUGGUGGCCCGCCGAAGCCAACGGCACCGCGAGCGCGCGCAAGCACGGCCGCCGGCCGGCGAUGCUCUGCGGAGGCGGGCAGAGGCGUGCGUGCCAGAUCUGGACCUUUUGCCCCUCGCCGCGCUGCUUCGCCUUUGACAUCCACGUGCACGAGUUUGGCGAGUGCUGGCUCAAGUUCCAGGCGGAGCGCCUGCCCGAGGCGCCCAAGGACCCGCACUUUGGCCACAGCACCUACCCCGAGCGGAUGCGACAAGCGCCGCGCCGGGACUGGCCGUGGGCGGUGAGCAUGGACGUGUGGCCAGACGCGAUGCCGCGGGAGGUGCCGUGGGUGUCGGGCGUGCUCGCGCCGGCGGGCGCGACCAUCGGCUGGGGGCGGCCCGACGACGCGUGGCGGGAGCGAUGGUGCCAAAAGCACGGGCCGUGCGAUGAGUGA